AUGACAUGUCCUAAAGGACUACGAUGCCCCUUGGGCUCGAGCCUCGAGUCCCUGAAGACCGGCCAAAGCAGUUUUGGGGAGACAUUCACUCCCACAAUUCUGCCAGGAUAUUGGAGCACUGAGGAGGAACCCAUUGAAGUCUUCAAAUGCCAGAGCGUGGAGCACUGUCCCGGCGGAAUUCCUGGGAUAUGUCCUGGAGGCCGCGAAGGGAUUCCCUGUGCAGAUUGCCCCCCGGGUACGUCAUGGAGUGGUGAGGAAUGCGUGCAGUGCUCUAACGGCCUUGUGGUGAUUCCGAUAUUGACUGGCAUCAUGUUCUUCGUGGUUUUGAUCAUUGUUUAUUAUGUGAUGCCACCACGCAUUCGGCCAAAGGCAACCCCGAGGGAAGCACUUGCAAUGUGCACUGGGGUUGCUGCAGGGUUGGCUCAGUGCUUGGCCAUCAUCGGAUUGACGUCAGUCAGGUGGCCAAAGGCUUUCGAUUCCGUUGCUUCGAGUUCUUCCGUGGUCUUGCUGGACAUAGAGACCUUCUCCGUCUCCUGCAUGAUUGGUGGACCGCAGUGGGGGCGCUACAUCAUGAGCCUUGCAGUGUUUCCUCUCGGAGUUCUGUGGCUGAUGUUUUGCUUCAUGUCAUCUGCAUGGCUCCCGGACUGGACUGGUGGCCCAUGGACUUCGACCCGACUGUUGAACACCUUGGGGCACUUCCUCCAGGUAGGCUUCAGCACCAUGAGCGCUUUAUCCCUGCAGCCUCUGAUGUGCCAAGAGCAUCCGAACGGUCAACAUAGCCUGCUGAAACAUGCUGGCGUGUUCUGCAGCACUGGGGAGCACGUGCUCAUGGUGGCGGGUGGCAUGGCGAUUCUGAUCUUCCUCGUGGUCGGCUUCUUGGGCAUGUGCGCUUGGGCAGCAUGGCAUAUUCCGCGCUGGAGCCUCAUCCGCCCUCACCGAAUUCGGGCCUUUGCUUUUCUCAUCAGUCGCUUCAGGAUGGACCGGUGGUGGUAUGGUGUGCUGGUCCUCCUCCGGGGCCCCUUGCUCUCCAUGUGCCCUGUUUUGGCAACAGACUUCCCGCUGGCACAAGCAGCGAUGAUCUCGGGUGUCCUGAUUGCCAGCCUCUUGUUGCACAUGCGCUACACUCCAUGGAAAAUGCCCCUGGUGAACUUGGUGGACGGUUGCCUGCAGGCUAUGCUGCUCCUUCUUGUGGCCAUCACACCAGUAGACCCAGGCUCUGCCAGUGCCACCGAAGAUUUCCACCAGGGAAUUGCCUUGGUGAUGUUGUCUUGCAUGGCCUUUGUCUUCUGCUUCUUGGCAUUCUCUGUAGCCUUGGCACUACUUUACCAAGUGGUGGCGUGGGCCACUCACCGCAGCGGUGGAUCACCUUUGACUUUCACCGAGGAUUUCGUUGUCUUGAACUUGGGACGUCGCCACAGCAGUGCAGUGACAGUGGAGCUUAUCAAGGAGGUAUCUGGAAGACUUCUUGAGAUGGAAGCUGACAAGGCUGAGCACCACUUGGACCAAAUGCAUCCUGACGAUCUCUCGCGGAUCAUCGACACGAUUAACUUGCUUCAAACGGAACUUGCUCCUGGUGAUGCUGCGGCUCCGAGGAGCAGCGCCAGUAGCAGGGUCGUGUCCCUUCGAAAGAGUAUGACGAGCGACAUGAAGAGCGACCUGCAACCCGCAGCAAUGAGUGAUGAGCAUGGAGGAGGGGAAUCCAUGGCGGAGGGUGUGACUGAUGUGAUCGUGGAGACAGAGCAGGAGAUUGAGAGUGAGGCAGGCGAAAUGGUUUCGAUGGUAUUUAUGGCCACGGGGGAUGGAAACGACAUCAACUCACCCAUCGAGACCAAUGAAGUGCUCGUGCAUGAACAGCUCAAUGCCGGAGCAGAAUCUCUGCCCAGGGCUGGUGUUGACCAGGUCCUUAAUGGUCGUCCUGCCUCGAUUACAGCCCUGUAG